CAGCAACAAAGUUUUUAAAGUGCUACUACGACGAAAUUUUGAUGUUGUGUUUGUUACAAAGAAUCAUUUAUAUCAGGUUAUUAAGGAAGACUGUAACUUAAAAUUUCAUUGAAAUGAAGAUUUUCACCCCUCAAACUGGAAAAAAAUAGCCCUGAAAAGUUGUUUUUUCGCGUCCGCCAUCAUGAAUUUACGUUCCAGUGAGCCUGCGGUAUAGAGCUGCGGCUACGCGCUUUUGGCCUAUUGUCUUUUUGUCGUGACAUCAUUUUCUUAAUUUCUCACGUAUUAAAUUUGCUAUUGUCUUGCUCCUUUCUCACUAAGAAAAUGUCUCAUUCACCUUCACCUUUGUCUUCGAGCGAAAGUUAUUACAGUCACGGCGAAAGUGAACCAAAGAGCUUUCCUGAAAAGCCGUUGCUCGAAAUAGGCGGAUACGAUGACUCUGUGGAGCCGGUUCCGACCGAAGAAGACGCUGCAUUGUAUCUUGAGCAGCUUGCCUUGGAAGAGGAGGACGAGCAGAUUUUACUAAGUCGUUUUUCCGGGGAGGAAGACAUCGGAGAUUGGUUCACAAGUAUCUUCAUAAGUCAAGGAGAACAUGUACUUUGCUCUGACUGUUUGUUGAAAAAUAAAAGUAAUACCUAACAGUAACUUGCAAGCCACAAUAAAAACCCUGUAUUUCCCCUGUAGUUAUCGAAAAUUAAGUUUUCCAACUUUCUUUUUUGUAUUAUUUAAACCACUGGACAACAUCUCAUAGCUAUGAGCUUUAAUUUGGACUGAUAUCUCAGCUCCACAAAUAUUAAGACUCGUGUAUAAAUCUGCCCUUUUUA